UGGUUUAUGUGUCAUGAAAGGAAUCAACUGUUGUGCUUUAUUUAUAAUCUCAUUAAUAUUAUUUUAGUAUAUUUUAUUACGUUUACAGUAUGGACAUUAUCAGGAAUGUAUUAUCGUGUCCUGAAAAAGUGUGUAGAAUUUGCCUUUGCGAUGUUUCAAGUCAAAUUUCAAUACUAGACCAUAUAGAUGGUGAUGAUCGUACUAUUUACGAAGUUUUAUCAUUUGUAACUAAUUUAAAUAUAUCUGUAGUCAAUGAAUACCCAAAACAGAUUUGUAGUGAGUGUCACAAUGCGUUAAUUAAGGCAGAUGAGCUGAAACAACGAUGUAUCAUCUCAGAAAACUUUUUAAAAGAAACCCUUUCAAAUGCAGAAAAAAGGUCCCAUUUUAGCACGAAAGUUGAAAUCACUAUAACAGAAUUACCUGAACUCUACCAGUGUGCGGUGUGCUCUAAGAAAUACUCUAAUAUAAUCGAUUUAGAAUACCACGUAUUAAACCAUAGUUUAGAAAAGAAUGAUAUUGCUAAUAAUAUUGAAAUUAAGCCUAUAAACAUACCAAUAACACAAACAGAUAAUAUAAUUAAUGAAAACAAUGAAUUAUCGGAGAUUAGCAUAAGUUGUGUGAAAAAAGAAACUGUAAAGAACGAAUAUUAUGAUGAAUUUGAUACUGGUACAGAUCACAACAGUGAUAAUAGUCAAGAAAACAUUAACACAAGUUGUAACACUGAAACAGAAAGUAACGAACACUCUAAAGAAUGUAAAAUAAAUGACAUAGAAAAUGACGAAGUGAAAGGCACAGCUAUUAACUUAGUUUGUCCAAAAUGUAAUCUAAAUCUACCGGAUUUGGAGACACUAACAACUCAUAUACAAAAUCAUAAAGGAAAAACAUCAAGCAAAAUAAAAACAUACAGUCAUAAGUGUGAUAAAUGUAUGCGUAAAUUCACAAAUGAAGCGUCCUUACUCACACAUUUAAAAAAGCAUGAUGAGAAUCAACAGAAAUUUACUUGCAAGAGUUGUAAACGAGAAUUUAUGCAUCAGGCUCAUCUAGACAACCAUAUAUUACUAGUUCAUACGAGAGAUAGAGGGUUUAGUUGUGAUUGUUGCGAUAAAAACUUUACAACUUUAGAAGCAUUACAUGUCCACAAAGAAAUACAUAAAGUAGAGAAGAAACAUCAGUGUAAGAUAUGUAAAAAGUCGUUUUUAAUGUUGUCGUCACUGACGGACCAUUUACGGACGCAUACAGGUGAAAAGCCGUAUUUAUGUUCGACGUGCGGACGCAGCUUCUCGCAGAAAACUAAUUUGGAACAGCAUAUACGAAGGCAUCUUGGUUUGAAGCCGUUUCCAUGUGAAAAUUGUGAUAAAAGGUUCGUUUCAAAAGGUGAGCUAGUAGCGCACACACGCAAACACAGUGGUGCCCAUCCCUUCGUGUGCGACGACUGCGGCAACGGUUUCACUACCUCCAGUUCUCUAGUAAAACACAGACGAACACACACAGGGGAACGGCCAUUUUCCUGCGACAUGUGUUCUAUGAAAUUUGCUUCAUCGGGUACUUUGAAGAAUCACAGACGAACACACACGGGUGAAAAGCCGUAUCAGUGUUCGUUUUGUGAAAAAGCGUUUGUUCAACGGCAGGAUUUGGUGUCGCAUGUUCGAUGUCACACGGGGGAGAAGCCGUAUGUAUGUACAAACUGUGGGCAAGCGUUUAGAAAGGCUUCAGCGCUGAAAGUGCAUUUGAAAAUACAUGGAAAAGAGAGGGAUUUGCUGCACGGUAUUCAGGUUCAAGUUUAGGACAAUUGAAACAAGUUUAUUUAGUAAUUAAAUACUUAGUUAAAUGGUUUUUAAACACGAUUUAUUGAUGACAUCAUUUUGAUUUUUUAAAUGUAUAAUAUCAUGUAAAUGGAAAAACAGAAAUAGUAUUGUGAAUUUAAAGUAAACAACAAAGUACUUCUUGUAAAAUCAAACACAAGAAUAGUAUUGUUUAUUUUAAGUAUAAACCACAUAGUAUUUGAUUAACAUCAAUAUAACACAUUUAACAAUUACUCAGUUGAUUUUUACUUGCUAUAUGUGAUAGUAAUUAUUAAAAAACUUAUACUAUAUUAUGUUACAGUCAAAACCCUUAACCAGUCAAAAACCUUAUUGACCGGUAAAAUUAGUCAAUAAGGUUAUUGACUAAAGGUGUCGGUCAAAACCCUUAUUGACUGAUGUUAUCUGAUAAAAUCAGUUAAUAAGGUUAUUGACCGACACCCUUAGUCAAUAACCUUAUUGACUAAUUUUACCGGUUGAGGGUUUUGACUGUAACAUAAUAUACACUUAAUUACAAUAUUUUCAUGUAUUACAAUUUGCUAUGACAAGUAUUAUAAUAUAGGCAUGAUGUGCCAAAUGCUAUUUAUUUUUAUAAAGAAAUUUUAACUUUUUUAAGUAAAGCAGCUUUUAUUACCUUUGCCAUGACAGUUUAUUAAUUUUUUCGUUGUAAGUAUUAUUUUAAGUAUUGAAUUUUAUACUCGACUGAAGACUCUAGUUAAUUUAAAUCGAAAUAGUAAUAAAUUAUGACAUAAUAUUAUUUGUUUGUGUAUAAUAUGUAUGUCACACUAAAAAAAUAAUCAUGGAAAGAUUCGAAUUUUUAAAAAUGUCGUAUUUUAGUCAGAUUUCUUUUGAAAAGUAUGUUUAAAUUCACUCUGUACCUACCACAUAAUUGUAAUUAGGAAGUACUAUUAAUUGCUCAGUGAUUGACCUAAUAUUUAGGUUUAAGUCUACUUAUAGUUUUAGUUUCUAGUGUGUUUAAUCUCUAACUUCGUACCUGAAUUUUAUAUAUUUAUUGUGUGUGAAUGUAUCAAUUUGUCACGAGAUUUAAGACCGAUUUCUAUAUUUCAUUAUAAUUUUCUAUAUAAAAAAAUUUUAAAUUUUUCGGCGGUAUGAAUGUUAAAUAAUGUAUUUGGUCAAAUAUAGAAAUCGAUCUUUAUUUUGACAAACAAUAUCUUAUUAUUUAAAUGUAUAAAGGUUUUUUGCCAUCACAUCAUUUCCUACCAGAAUAAUAAAUAUUAUUAUUAAAGUA